CGCCAAUUCAUACACCAAGUAUCCGCAGAGCUUGAAGCCAUCAUGAAAGAGUCGAGCUCUGUGGGCGACAAGAAACCUCUAGAUGACCGGGCUUCAGAUCUGGUUGCAGGCGAGGUUGCGAAUCUUGUCAACGCAUCAGGUCAUAAGGAUCAAUUGAAGCGGCAGUAUGGCUUGGUAGCAAUUUGCGCACUGGCAUUGACUGUGGACAAUGCAUGGAUUGCACUGGGUGGCUCCGUUGACAUUUCCAUCGCAAACGGUGGACCUCCGGGCGUUUUGUACGAGCUAAUAGUGGCAUGCUCUUACUAUGCCGUUGUUGGAGCAUGCAUCGCAGAGCUGGCUUCUGCUAUUCCAUCUUCAGGUGGUGUUUACCACUAUGCCUCCGUAACCCCAGGCCUCAAGUAUGGUCGUGUCCUCGGAUUCUUCGCUGGCAGCAUCAACUUCUUUGGCUGGCUUUUCGACCUCGCUUCCAUCAUGCAAAUCUGCUCCAACGUCGCCGUUCAAAUUUACGCUAUAUUCCACCCCGACUUCGCUGUCGAGGCCUGGCACGUUUACAUCGCUUAUGUUCUCAUCACCAUCCUGGUAACACUCACGUGUAUCUUUGCAAACCGCUUGAUACCCUUACUGCAGGACGUGGGAAUGGUGUUGGUGAUCGGCGGUGGACUGGUUACAAUCAUUGUACUGGCUGCUAUGCCAGAUCGCCAUGCGAGCAGCGCAUUCGUCUGGAGGGACUUUGAAAAUGUUACAGGCUGGGGCGAUGGUGUUGCUUUCCUGACUGGCGUGCUGAAUGGUGCUUUUACGAUUGGUACCGUAGACGCCAUCACGCACUUGGCAGAAGAAUUGCCCAAGCCGGAGCGUGAUUUACCUCGAGGCAUAUUCGCUCAAGUCGGACUAGGAUUUUUAGCCGCGUUUUUCUUUGGCAUUGCUCUUUUCUACUCAAUAACCGAUCUCGAUGCAGUCGUCAACAGUAAUGGUAAUUUCCCUCUCGCCACAAUCUAUGCCCAGGCAACUGGUACAAAAGGCGGGACAUUCUGCCUACUGUUGGUCGUCCUGCUCUCACUCCUGAUCUGCCUUGUCGGGACACUCGUAACUUGUGGUCGAAUAUGGUGGACUCUUGCUCGCGACAAUGCCACCCCGUUCCCUCUCUUCUUCACAUCGGUAAAUGAGCACCUAAGCUGCCCAAUUCCGGCCACACUCUUGUGUAGCGUCAUCGUCCUGGGUCUAGGUGCUAUUCCGUUGGGAAGUGAAACCGCUUUUACAGACUUGGCAGGCUCUUUCAUUAUAUUGACAUCGACAUCGUAUGUGAUUGCAAUCGCCCCCAACCUGUUCACUCGGCGGAGGAACAUGCCAAAGGGGCCGUUUCAUAUGGGCUCCGCGGGGUAUGUAGUAAAUGCCGCAGCGGUGCUUUUGAUCGUCUUUUUCGAUGUCAUGUACUGUUUUCCAUUCGGCUUACCAACGACGGUUGAAUUGAUGAAUUACAAUAGCGUGAUCUUGGCUGGCGUCGUUACUCUGACGGCAAUAUGGUGGUUUAUUCAUGGUGGCAAGAAGUAUCAUGCACCCAUAGUGGCACAGAGGUACUUGGAAGGGAAGACGUGA